UUUUACAUGUUUUCCUUUUUUGUGGUGUUAAAAACGGUGGAUGAACAAUAAAAAUACCCACCGGUUUUAUUAAAAUUUUCAAUAAAAUGUCUGGAUUUACCAAAGUAAUUAAUGUGUCACAAAGUGUUAGGAAUCUUUGCUAUUCCAUUGGCAAUUUGUCUUUGCAACAAGCCCACAAGAAUUCAUCAAAACUUUUGAGAGCCACACAAUGUAUGCAAACAUCUAUCAGCCCUUUAACAGUGACACUAGCCAAUCGUCAGUUCUCCACAACACCACGCAAUAAUGAUUUAAUGCAAUUUUUUGAUGAUCCAAAAAAUUGGUCCGAAAAUGAGGUUAAGGUUGGAAGAGCUUGGAAGCUGGAUGAAUUGCGUAUUAAAUCGAAUAAGGAGCUACAUCAACUGUGGUUCGUUUUGCUUAAAGAACGUAACAUGCUCUUAACCAUGGAACAUGAAUGCAACGAUCAAAUGGAAUUGUUUCCCAGUCCGGAUCGUUUAGAUAAAGUGAAAAUUUCUAUGGAAAAUUUAGAAGCAGUAGUAAGGGAACGUAAUAAGGCUUAUCAUUUGUUGGAGACGGGCGAGACCGGAGAAAGACCACAACGUUUGGUGGCCAAUAACUUGGGUAUUCGCUAUAUGUACAAGUACUGCGAACAUGUUUUGCCACCCCAUAUGAAUAUCAAGUGGAUUAAAACACGUUCCAUUGGUUAUGGUGGCCGUGCAGUGCGAAAAUUCCUCCUGCAAUACCGCGAGAAAUUAUACAAUGAAAAACGCAAAGGCAAAAAUCGUUCCCGUAAUGAGGUAAUGAUGAUGUUGCGUCGCAAUCCUAACAUGGACCGAGAUAUGUUACGUCGUAAAUUCCCCAACGUUGAUAUAGAUAAACUAGUAAAUACCGAUAAAAUACGUGGUCAUUACAUACCCAAGAUACAAUCUUAAAGGAUUUAUUAUAAAUAAAAAACUUUGUUUUGUUUAAAAAAGAGAAAUCACAAA